AUGGCCUUUACAAUCCCAGCUCUCUUUCUCAACGCUGUCUUGUUAGUAGACGCGGCGGCGUCUUCAUACCCUACGUCAUCUUGGACUCUUCAGGAAGCGAACAAACCCGCAACUGUCGUGGUGAGUUCGCUGGAAGGUCCAAUUGACGGUCCCAAAUUUGAUUAUAUAAAUAGUACAGUCUACCAAUGGUGGUAUUUUGAUGUGGUGAGCUCUGAUCUAGAGUCUUGCCUUACUGUUCAAUUCAACAUUGGCUCCGAACUUGCAUUGGGUUUUGGAAAUGCAUCAGAAAUCCUUCCUUACGUCGCUAUCAACGGAAAGUUCCCCAACGGCACAUUAUUCGAUAUGGCAUCAGUCCCUGCCACCAAUAUAACGAUACAGACCAUUGGACAAGGUUCCUCUGGUGUUUGGGAAGGUACUGGCUGUAGCUGGGAGGGAACACCGGACCUUUCAGAGUAUGUUCUCACUUUGAAUGCACCGGAACAAGGCAUUCAGGGAAGUGUAUACUUGAAAUCGAUAUCGCCAGCUCAGUAUCCUUUCAACCUUCUUUCUCAGCAGCUUUAUAAUGUGAGUGAGAGUGUUCUUCCGGGCUUUUACUGGGCGAAUUCGAUCCCAGGUGCAUUGGGAGGUGUAGACCUCACUAUCAGAGGUGAUCGACUAUUGUUUGAUGGAAGUGGUUACCAUGACAGUAACUGGGGAACAAUUGGACUACCGAAAGUUGCUGGGAGCUGGUACUGGGGUCAUGCACAAGUAGGAGACUUGACUAUCGUAUUCUCAACAGUUGAAGGACGCACCCAGACAGUCAGUAGUAUUUAUAUUGGCAAUGAUCCUACGUUGAUCAUCAUUGGGAAUGUUACUGUGACACCAGUUACCGGAAGCAAUUAUCCAAAUGGCACUCUGAAUAUUGCCCUCGAUGCUGCUUUUGACGGCAAAUAUGAGUUCUUGAUUGUUCCAACCGAUAUAGUAUACUCUACGCCGGCACCUAAAUACACAAGAUGGAUUGGUAUAAUUGAGGGUGGACUUGUUGGUGGAGAAAGCCAGAAAGGAGUCGUCUUGUGGGAAUACUUCUACUUCGGGUGA